AUGGACACCACACUCCUCUUCAAUCUGCUGGUGUUCCUGUUGUCUAUAUAUUUCGGUAUUUCAAUUAAAACGAAACAAGAAAUUUACACCAAAGUCGCCAACUCGAAAAAAACAGGAAACAUAACAAAGACUGUUAGCGGCAGCACUGUGUAUGAUUGCGCCAAACUUUGUUUAUUAAACGAGGAGAUUUGUAGUUCGUUCAAUCUAGAAACAAUUGAAGGCACCGAUGUAAACGAAUGCCAAAUAAAUGGAGCAGAUGCCGGACCACUUGUUGCAAGCGCUCUCACUGAUCAUUUCUACGCUGAGCGAGUAACUGCCCCUCCUGACUGUAGUGAUGACACAAGCUUUAGUGGUGUUAAAACUAUCCAACUACUGGGACAAGAACCUUUCAAUGUGUACUGCAGUGGGGGAUGUAUCUCCAUGGCUAGGCGAUAUGACGGGAGUGUAGAUUUCUACCAAGGCUGGGUAGAGUAUCAAAGAGGGUUCGGAAGUAUUUUAGGAGAACAUUUCAUUGGCCUAGACAACCUCCAUGGGUUAUUAAGUCAAGGUAAUUACAAUCUCAGAAUUGAUCUUACAAUGUGGCCCCCACAGAAUGAAACACGCCAUGCUGAAUACUCAAUAUUUGAUGUGAGUGAUGAAAGUGAUAACUACAGACUAACGAUUGGGGGUUAUAGUGGAGAUGCAGGGGACUCUCUUGCUUUCCACAAUGGUUUGGGAUUUACCACAAAGGACCGUGAUAAUGAUUUAUCACCCAUCAAUUGUGCUAUUGAUAAUAAAGGGGCUUGGUGGUAUGGUUAUUGCUAUCGUUCAAAUCUGUUUAGUUUGUAUAGUACUAAUGCGGUGUGCCCUGCUGUUGUACUAGUACUUGCUAAUGUUGUAAUGCUAGGCAUACUGCUUGGGGAGGAUGUUCUUCCAAUGGAGUAG